AUGUUAGGCGGUUUCUCACUACGAAUCAUCCUCAAAGCACAAAUCCCUGAGCUCAAAUACACAGCAGGACCGGCCCGGCAAGCACGGGAGGUUGUUUUCUCGGGUGUGUUUGUGUUUGUGUGUCUGCUGGACCUUCCGAAACGGGCGCAGGUCGAAUUGCAGCGGCGCUCGGAGGGCACCGCCUCACUUAUCAGAGACCGCCCGACUCCGCCCACGAUGAAGAAGCCGAAACAGAGCAGACAUGAUAGUCCUGAUGGGAUUGGCCAAACGUUGUGUGGAAAAGUCCAAAAUCCAAGUCAUUGCCUAAAAUUGACCUCCUGCUUCCUCUCGACUCGUCACCAGCAAUUCCGCAGUCCGCAGACCCGCUGUAGACCGGCCGGCUCCCCGCCCCCAUCCUUGGAGCCCCAGAAUACCUUACCUUUUGCGCAGUGUUCUACUCCAUUCCACCACCCCGUGCUCGUUUGGUUUGGUCUUAUCCACCGAAAGUGGACACCAGACACGGGCUUGGAACACCAAAAACCCACGUAUCCGUACAGAGUAUCAUUUUCAUCAUAA